AUGCCGGGAGCUGCGGGCGGCCCCGCGACCGACGUCAACGCGCGCUGGGGAACCCGGGCAGACGCCGGAAUUAGGUCCUGCAACCGCAGGACACCCCGCGCCGGGCACGGAGAAAUAGGUCGGCAGCGUUCCUCCAGCAGAGCACACAAGCAGAGGCGGCGGCGCCUCGGUUCGGAGUGCCGGGUCGCCCUCCCGACACGCGCCCCGGGCGAGCGCCCCAGGACGCCGCCGUGCCCACGGACUACACAGCCUCAGACCUGGAGAACUCGUCUCCGGGGGACUCGCCGGUCUGGGGAGGACUCACCGGGCUGCGCAGCUCCCUCCCGCCCCCGCCGACGGCGCAGGCUCGCGGACGUCCCGUUCUCGGAGCGUCCUGUCCCCGCGUCCUCCGCCCCCUGCCCUCCCCAGCCUCCCCCCUUCCCGCUCCAGCGCCGCGCUGAACUUGGGCCAGACGCCGAGACCACAACAGCCACCUCGGAUCUGCACUCACCUGCGGCCGUCCCUCUGGAGCAGAGGCGGGGGACCGCUCGUACUGCGGCCCUCCGGGCCACCGGCCCUGCUGGCCGCGGGGGAGGGGCGCAGGAUGCGGGGCCGCCGCGGCGGGGGGGCGCGCAGCGGGUCGGCGGGGAGCGCGGCGCGGUGCGCCGGGUCUCUUUAAGAGCCGGGGACCUUACCCCCGGGCCUCCCCCGCGCUCCCCGCCCCCCUUUCACUUUCCCAGAGACUCGCAGCCUGUCUGGCGGCGGCGGCUCCUCCCCGGCUCGCAGGGGAUCCCCGGCCGGCCGCGGCGGCGCGCGGGGCGGGCAGGGCCAGCCGCAAUCGCCUGCCUGUCCCGCCGAGCCCGGCCCGCAGCCUCCGGGAGGAGGGGGGAGGAGGGAGACGGUGCUGCAGCCGCCGAGGGAGGUGUCCCGCCUCCCGUCGCCGGAGGGGGGGAGUGUUCCGCCUCCCGCCGCCGUCUGUCUCCAGCCGUAACUGUGCUCGCCGAGGCUCUGUCUGUCUCCAACUCCUCCAGUCUCUCCUCCCUCCCCAUCCCCCUCCGCGGCGGGGACCCGGCGUGCGGCCAGGCCGCGGGGGCGGCGGGGGCCGCAGUGCUGCCGGCAGGUGGGCGGGUCUCGACCCCGAGUGCGCGAGCCGCACCAACCUCUGCAGGCUGCCUGCACGGAGCUGGGGGCGUGCGGGCGCCGAGGCCGCGGGACCCCAAGGCUCGGCGGGGCCGGCCGGCUCAGCACAGGGCGGCGGGCUCGGGCCUCGUGGGGCGCGCGCCCACCGCCGGCCGGACAGGGAACUCCAACUGCGGAGAGACGGCUGGCGCUGGCUGGCUGGCUGGCGCGCCGGGAGGAGCCGGCUUACCCCGGCUGUCUGGCUAAGGAAGGUCUCGGGAGAGCAGGCCGACUUGUUCCGUGCGCCCAAUGGGCAGCAGACCUUUGGGCACCAGUCCCGAGACACACAGUAGGGCUGCAGGACACGUAGUGGGACAGAU